AACUGAAUUUUAUAUUUCUUAAAUGUAAAAUAAAUAAACUUCUUCGCAUUCAUUAACCUUUUUCGAUAGAUUUAAAUUGCACUUGCUUUAUUGUGUUAGGAACUUAAAAAAUCUAAAGAAUUUACGGUUACGGGAAGUUAAGGUUUCCAUUUUUCUGUUGUAUCGAAGCGCAACGUCAUAUGAUUGAUUGUCAGUUUGCUAAUUUUGGCGGCAAAUUCAUAAUUGUCAAAAAGUUUAUUGCUUAGUGUUGUUUUUUAUUUUAAAUAAAAAAUAAAACUAAUACUGUGUUUCAUAAUGUCCAUUCAAGUUGAAAACAAUUUGAAAGAUAGUGAUAAUUCAGAACAGUUACAACAAAAAACGCAUUACGUCCCUUGCAAGAUAGAAUCGGAUGGUAAUGCGAACGUAGAAAAAUACUUCGAACCUUACAUUACAGAAAAAGAAAAUGGAGAAUUAAAUGGAACCUUCCGAGGGCAUCAUCUCGAUGGUGUUAAAAUGAGGCUGCCUGAUGGAUACAGAGCUGUUCUCGUCACUGAAGCUAAGAAACCAUUGGCCGAGGAUGCUGAUAGAAGAUUUCAGAUUGCUGGUGGUUUUAAAGAGUUUGUUUAUUGGAAUUGGGAUAAGAAACCAUCAAAGAAUGAUAAUAUAGUUAAAGGCUUUGAAUGGAUGGACAUAGCUGAUGCGAUACAUGGUGAUUGAAAAUAUAAUAAGAUAUAAGAU